ACACAGCCACAGCUCAGUAGAUUGAAGCUGCUGCAGAAAGCUCAAUAGUAGGGCUUUUAACAAGGUAGACCUGAUUAAAAAGGGAAAAUUUGACAGCAAUGUCAUCUCUGCUGUCCUUUUUGGAAUGGAUAUAGCAAGGAGAAAAGUCAGCAAUGGAGAGCAAAAAAAACACAUGGAGGAGGGUUAGCAGGAGAGGUUCAGAGAAAGCUGAUAGGGAAAGACUUGCAACACUUGAACACCAAACAAUCCAGUGAAGAGAGAGCCCUUGAAACCUCUUGCUUCUCUAGCUACAGACUACCCCUGUGUGCAUAUUGGGUUUUGCUGGCAUGACUGGGGGAAGCACUGUGUGAUGAUGAAGCCUUUCCUGAGCCAGGCAGGUGCUCCAGCAAAGGCAGAGUGACUCGGCUGGCUCUGCACUGCCCUGUGUGCCCUGUGCAAUGGCUUUUGCUUAUAGGGCUGCUCUCAUGCCAAGGUUGUGUCUGGUUGUCCUGCACAGCAGUGACAGAAAUCUGUCAGUGGCUGCCAUGUCCUGUGCACUUUGGCUUCUUGCUGUAGAUUUGACCUUUAGUGGAACGUGUUGCAAGGCUUGGGUGAGGUGGAAGUUCUGAAUCCUGAGUUACAUCCCGCGUGGCUGCCUGCAAAUGCCCAAGUAGUUUUCAGCUGUGCUAUGGGUUUCAAAUGUCUAGUAUGAUUCUGGCUCAUUAAUAAUUCUCAAGAUAAAAGCCAGGAAUAUAACAAGCAACCUGUAUUGUCGAAGUGCUGUACACAGAGUUACUGUGUUUGCACACCUCAUUAAGUAAGAGGGAUGCAACAUCUAAGUGGGGCAGACCUACAUGCAAGUAAUGUUCUCUCACCUGGUCCAAGGCAGGAAAAUCCAGCUUGGCUUCAAACAGUUUUUGCUGACUUUCUGGGAUUCACUAAUGUUUGUUUUAAAACAUGACAAAGAUGCAGUUAGUUUGUGUCUCUAUCUUUUUUCCCUUCCAUUUGUCAACUGAGUAUAACUACUGUGUGGGUUUUCUUCCUGGAUUGCUAAUUCAGCACAUUUGGAAAGAAUAUUGAGUGUUCUGGAUGGUCAUAAAUGUAACUGCAGUCCUAAAUUGGAGUCCUGGGUAUCUGAUGUGGAUUUGCACCCAUUUUAUGUGCUCUUAUGACGGCUGUAGUUGUAUUUCACCGUGUGUAUAUGAAAGUAAUACCAUGUUUUACAUGUCUUAAAGAAACUGUGGGGAUAUCCUGGGUAUGAUCAGGGCAUGUAUGCCUUCAGAUUCAUCUUUUAAAAGCUCAUUUCCUGCCAACAAUACAUUCUGAGUUCUUUAAAUAUGAAACUGAUGUUAAAUUAGUCGGUCUGAAAAAACUCAGCUGAAAUUAAUGCAAAUGAUUAGGUGGUAUGUAGCACACUCUUGCAAUGGAAAUGGAGUCUAUUAUUAGGCAGCCUGAUAUGUGUGGAAAUAUGACUAGUGAUCUGUAACAGUUUCCUGAUGUAACCCUACCCAGCAGUGAGGAAAGAGCCCUGACUGUUGAAGAAUUUUAUUUGCCGCUGCAAGCAAUAUGGGCUAGGACACCUUGCCCCAGCCAGCUGAGCACUGUGAUUUUAUUAUUAAUGUUGUCUUUAAUUGGUAAACAAGAACCAAGAUUUUAAUGUUUUGAAUUUUACUUUUCUAGUUUUGCAGGGUUCCUUUCCAAGAAGCUAUUUCCAGAGGUGCUGCAAUUUACAUUUUAUCUGAGAGCCUUUCCUUCUGUCUUCAUGCCUCAUUCAAAUCACGAGCCCAUAGGUUCAAAUGUUUUUUUAGAAGAUGGAAGGACAGAAAUCAUUCUCCUCUGUACAAGUUAGGCACACAACAAAUAAGGUUUCACCAGAUCUACAGUCUAGCAGAGAAAGAAGCACAUUUGGUGUUCCUCUGGAAACCCUUGUAGAAGAUGCAAAUCAAUGUGGGGUUCCUUCUCUUGUGACACAGAUGGUGGAGUACCUGGAGGUAUUUGGUCUGGAGCAUGUUGGUGUAUUUCGAAUUGGUGGCUCAGCAAAUAAAAUCAAGGAAUUGAGGCAGAAGUAUAAUCAAGGGGAAAAAGUAGACCUUAUUAAUGAUGGAGAUGUUGAUUCUGUGGCCAGUCUCCUGAAGCUCUUUCUGAAAGAACUACCAGUGGCUGUUUUUCCAGACAAUGUUUGUUCUGGCUUGCUAAAAACUUUCCAAGAGCACAAAAUCAACACGACAGAAUGCAUAGAACACAUGAGACAGCUGCUCAGCUGCCUGCCCAAAGCCCAUCAAAACCUUCUUCAGUUCCUGUGUGCUUUCUUGUUAAAGGUAGCAACCUACAGUGCAGCGAAUUUCAUGACUCUGGAAAACCUGGCCAUCGUGUUUGGACCUGCUUUGUUCAAGAUUCCUGUCAGUCCCUUGGCUUAUGAAGAACAAAGGCUUUACAAUGGCCUCCUGCUGUAUUUGCUUCAACACCAGGAGAUGCUUUUUGUUGACCUGAACCCUUGUUUCUCACAGAGACAAGCAGAUGGCCCUCAGGCAAGCAACACAGAAGAUGCAGGAGGAGACAGACUCACAUUGCUAAGCAUUCAGGAUAAGUCCUUCAACACGACAGCUUUAGCAGAGUGUGACGGGUAUUCAGACUCUGUGCAUGAAGAUCAAGCAGGCAGCUCCAGUCCCAGAGACAAUGAUAACAAAGAAAAUUACCCGGACAACUCUGCUGUUUUAGAGGAAAGGCAGCUGCCAUUGCAAGACACUCAGCAGCACAAGCAGCAGGUUGUAAUUGACUGCGCUCUAAAGCCUGAAAUGGGCAACUUAAAGCUGAGGAAACCUAAGCCCAUUGUAAAGCUAGAAAAUGGAAAAAGCCAUGAGGAAAGUCAGGAGCUGGAGUGUGCAUUGCCAGGCCCCACAGAGUGGCAGGGGAAGGCUGGAUCUUCAGCUAAUAACUAUGCACAGAAUGUGGCUUUGAAAUGCCAGGAAGCAGUCGUGAGAUUCCAACCAAGAAUAGAUCAGAACACAAGCAUUUCACCAAAAGAAGCAACUGAUCAAUUUAACAGCUUAAAUGAGAAUUCUUUGUUGAAGCUGCAAGCCCUGGAAACUGAUUUGUGCUCUGCGUUUCUGCCAGCCCAGGAGGAAACUCCCCAGUUGCCGGCACCCAAGGACACAGCCCCUUCUCCAGCGCAAAGCAGUGUGCAAGCUGAUGGGGCCAGUUGUGGAGAGCAAUAUCACUUCAUUUCUCCUAUUAUUGAUUUUAAUUUAAUGCAUCAGCAGAGAGAUAGCGAAGAGCCUGUGCCAGCCCACAGGGACUGGCAGAAUGACAUGGAGAGCAGCCCACAGGAACAUCACUCCCUCGGGACCAGCCGACUGCUGUAUCACAUCACAGAUGGAGACAAUCCUCUCUUGUCACCACGCUGCUCUAUCUUUAGCCAAAGUCAGAGAUUUAAUCUAGACACAGAGUCUGCCCCUUCUCCACCAAGUGCUCAACCUUUCAUGAUGCCAAGAAGUUCUUCUAGAUGUAGCUGUGAAGACUGCAAAGAACCACAGACAGUAACACAACUUACCAAGCAUCUUCAGAGCCUCAAGAGAAAAAUUAGGAAGUAUGAAGAAAAGUUUGAGCAAGAAAAGAAAUACCUGCCUUCGCAUGGUGACAAGACUUCCAAUCCUGAAGUUCUGAAGUGGAUGAAUGCUCUGGCCAAAGGUCGGAAGCAGCUCAAAGAGCUGAAACUCAGACUGUCAGAAGAGCAAAACUGCACCUCCACAGCACCCCAAAGAAAUGAGCACUGUGAAGGCAGUGGGACCUCUAAAGAGGCUGGCACACAGGAGGCCACAAGUAUGGAACCAGCUCCCUCAGUGGAUGAAACCAUGGAUAGUGUGUUGAGACGACUAAAGGAGAAAAGACAGCACUUCAACAUUCCUGAGACUAUUAAGGAUAUGACAAAAAAGCAAAUGGCUUUGGAAAAAAUCAAUCUUCAGAAAUGUCUACUAUAUUUUGAGAGUAUUCAUGGACAACCUGUAACUAAGCAAGAAAAGAGUCUCAUGAAACCUCUUUACGACAGAUACAGAAUUAUCAAGAAACUUCUGGCCGCUCCAUCCUUGAUCACAACAAUUCAGGAGGAGGAAGACUCAGAUGAAGACCAUUCUCAAAGCACCCAUGAAUUAUCAUCUGGUCCAAUGUCUUGCUUUCCUGUUGAAGAGCACCUAUGUUACUCACAGGAGGAGAGUGAGCCUGCACAUAUUUCACCCCUGGAUGAAAAGAAAGUUUACAGGCAAACAGCCUUGUCUAUGUCCAAUUUACAUGAGGCAACAAUGCCGGUUCUGCUUGAACAUCUCAGAGAAACAAGGGCUGAUAAGAAGAGGCUUCGCAAGGCUCUUCGAGAGUUUGAGGAGCAGUUCUACAAACAGACAGGAAGGAGUCCUCAGAAAGAAGAUCGAGUGCCAAUGGCUGAGGAAUACUCUGAAUACAAGCACACAAAAGCAAAAAUCAGACUCCUGGAGGUUCUCAUUAGGUCUAAGUCGUAUUACAAACAGCCAAGGUGGUUUAAGCCUCAGGACACGUGCAAAGCAGUAAUGACCAUUGACAAGAAGUAACAGAGAGAAGGAAUCAUU